AUGGCUGUAUCAGGAUGUCGAUGGUUGCUGUACACUGCACACUGUGGUAGUCCGCUACUGGCUGUGCUCGCCGAUGUGGCAGCUUUCAUUCGUGAAGCCAGUAUAUUGCAACGUCUUACGGAUUGCCCGUAUAUCAUCCGUUUCUUAGGAAUGUGCAUCGAGCCUGGUUAUUAUGCGAUUGUCAUGAAAUAUGUGGAGAAUGGAAAUUUGGAAGAUAUGUUGCUAUGUGGAGUAGACGAUCACCCAAUUAUCAAACAAUGGGAUUGUCGGAUUCGCAUGGCUCUAGACAUUGCCAAAGGGAUGAACUAUUUACACAGUUUGCCAUCACCAAUUAUUCACAGAGACUUAAAGACAGCGAAUGUGUUGGUGUGUCGAAACUAUGACUGUAAAAUCAUUGAUUUUGGACUUGCAAAACUACGACAGAUUUCUUCAAAACAAUCAACAACCAGCUACAAAGGAACAGUAGCAUUUACCGCACCUGAAAUUUUUGACGGAAAACUUGAAAUGGGGAAGGAGAUUAAAGUUGACGUUUACUCAUAUUCAAUGAUUCUUUGGCAACUGAAAGAAAUGAAACCAAUCUAUGAUUUUACUCUUUCUCCUCUCGUCAUACGAGUAAAUGUUAUGGCUGGUCAGAAACCUCGACUAAGUGAUAAUGAUUAUCUAGAGGGAUAUAAAGAGAUCAUAGAACGUUGCUGGGAUAGACAACCUGAUUGCAGGCUCCGUUUCAAAGAGAUUGUAGUUAUGUUGAAUGGAAUCAGGAGCCAAGUUUCUUUCGAAAAUUUGACCACAACACCUAUAGGACAAUCUCCAAGACAACAGGUGCGAAGGGAUGAUGAGCAAUUAGUACAACAGUUGAGACAACAGAUAGAACAACUGACACAAGACGGUUCAGCAAAAGAUAAGAUAAUUGAACAGUUGAGAGAAACUCCAAGACAACACGUACAGGUGGGAAAGGGUGAUGAGCAGUUACUAGUACAAGAGCUGAUUCACAAGAUAGAACAACUGACAGAAGAUGGUUCAGCAAAAGAUGAGGAAAAUAAACUAUUGAGACAACAAAACUCUAGUUUGGAAGAGUUACGGCGAGACGAUCAGCUGCAAAGAGAACGUGCGUUUACUAAAGAGAGAAGAGAGAAAGAAGAACUCUUGCAACGAUUACAACAAGACAAAGACAACAGAGCGAAAAUCUUUAUCAACUACUAG